AUGUCCCGCCCCAGCUACACCACCACCAACCAUGACGCCCCACGUGUCACGCUCUGGACCACCACAUACCCUCCCCAAGCUGACUACCUCAGCCCCAGUCAAGACACAUCACUCGGCUCCCUAGUCCCCACCCAUCGGGACAUCCCACUCCACAACCCCAUCCCAUCACCGACAUCUCCCCAGUUGGCCCGGAACGCCCAACCACGCCAACGGACACAACAUCCCGAGCCCAACCCGACACAGAGCACCACCCAUCCAACCUUCGAGGAUAUGCCUACAUCCCCGGCCCCAACACCACCUGGCCCGGCACACACCCACACCCAUCCCUUCCCCCACACUGGCUCACACCCAACCCGACCACCACCAGUCAAACGCCACCACUCCGACAUCGAACCCGACCUGGAUUUUUCCCACCCCUCCUUCCACCUCCGCCGACAAAGAGACACCACGAAAUGCGAAGUAGCCGACACUACUAUCGAUGACGACGACCAGGAGGAGUAUGACGCCAACACAGCCCUCCAGUUUCCGGGCAUCCGGAAUCUGCACGACGAAGGACAGCCAAUCCUGUAUCGCACCAUGCAACGGUACUGGGAGCGGGAGGCACACCUCUUCCAAGGCUUCACCGCGGACGACAUUACCGACGUAGAGCGACACUUCGCCGAUACCAAAGUCCGUAUCCAGUUCUCCAUCAACCCGUCACUCCAGCCUCAGAACGACCAACUCAGCAUCAUCAACUACCGACGCGAGAUAGAGGAUGUCUGUCAGGAACACUUCGGCCUCACCUUCCGGGGAGGGCCUGGGCAGCACCACGACGUGGGUAUCUUUUUUCUCCGCGACAUCUCUGUAGUUAUGAUCUACCAAUAUGCCGGUGUGCUCGACAACGGCCUCUCCUUCCACCAGCUUGAAUACCGCUUGAAUACCGCAAUCCAUCCAAAACCUCCCCUGGUGACCUCAUGUGCGCCCUCCGCGCCCUUGGGGCCAAUACCGCUUCCGCCUCGCCUCCCACCACUUACCACUACUGACGACAUCCUCGCUGCGCUUCGCGGCUCCCACCUCCCCACCCCAGACCUUUCCUCUGGUCCUCCUCUGGCCCACACCUCCACAUUCUCACCGGUCGCCCCCGACGGUCUGCUGCGCCGAUACAGUGUCGGGACUGUGGCCGACACGACCACGAGGGUCGACCCUGUGACCGCUUCACCUAUCUGGACCCACGGGAUCGCGCUCGCAGUAACUCCCAACACACAACCUCCACUCGCAGGGACCUACGUAGCCCCGACACACGCACACGCAGUGCAAGGCGCCACCGCCAUGCGGGACACCACACACAUUCAGUCCCCCAACACCCCGCCGCGGAAGGCCAACACCAACAACACCAGCACCAAACCCAGGCCUGGCAACUCCCAUUUCAGCGCCACCCACAGCAGGUCCCCGGACACACCACGGACCUCAAUCUCUACCUCCGGCGUGAGGUCUCCACCCUCCAGUGCUGCUUUCUCCACUCUGGACGCGCGCCUCCUAGAGGAACGACGCCUACGAGAAGCCGCGGAACUUCUCCAAGCCGAGGACAACCGCUUAAGCGCGGAGGCACGCAUCCGCCUGAACACUGUGGUCACACAACACGAGUCCCAACAGGCUGCCUUAACUGCACGUCUCCCAUACCUCGAAUCCAGCGUCCACACACUACUCCAGGCCAUGCAGUCCGUAUCGUCUCAAAUGUCAGCACUGGCAGCCUAUCCGCCACCCUCCCACCAAGACUGGGACCCUCCCGGGCACUGUGGCGUCAAACUAACCCCGGGGUGUUGGGUCAGACCAACGACACCUCGGCAACGCCUCUGGUCUGGAUCGUGGUGGCUCCUCAGCUUUCUGCUCUGGAUCUCAUGCUACCUCCCCCUGGCCGCUGCCACCCUCUCUCCAUCACCGACAUCACCCCUACCACCAUCCAUCACUACACCGUCCCACCCCGCCCCCGCAUUCAGCCACCUACACGAUCCGUACUCUUCGGAUGACUCCAACAACUCGGAACUCCUCGAUGCCCGCAUUGCGGAAGCACUACAAAAUCCUCUCCCGCCGAGUACCCUCGACAUCAACCCCCCGCGGCAACGCCGCCGACGACGCGCAUGGAGGAUCCAUCGCCUCCCCCUCCCCCCACCUGACGCGGACACUGCCAGACACCAACUCGACAACAUCCUCUGGCGUGAAUCACUCAAGGGCGAAACGUACAUUGGCGACCCAGGUCAUCCGCCUCCACCGGGGCUCCUGCUAGAUAGCCUGCUUAUCGCAGCCACCAACAUCAAUAAAAACACGUAUGGUAAACUGGGAGAUGAAUUGGCCACCUGGUUCCGCGCUAGCGCACUGGACUUCCUCAUCAUCGCUGACUCUGACCUUCCCGCACACAAGGCCACUCAACUCUGGACUUAG